AUGUCUACUUUAAUAAUUCAUUCAUUUAAUGUUUAAUUUGCUCCUCUUUUUAUUACUGCUGCUGGAUAUAUUCAGAAUUUACUUCAGAUUUUUCUUGAACUGUUUACUAUUUUUAUUAAUUUAUGGCUUAUUCGUGUAUCUCCAAAGAUUAAAGCAUUUAAUCUUCAGGUAAAUCUUUUGAUUUAUCGAAGAACACGACAUCAUUAUUUGACUCACUAAUUUUAUACCCAACUAAUCCUCUAUAAUUGCAUUAAUUAACCUUUUUUUAAUCUGGGCUUUUUUACUUUUCUAUAUUUUAUAUUUAAAAUUAUCCAUUAUUUUUAAAAAUAGUUUAUUAGUUUUAAUUGUUGUUCACAUACAACGAAGAUAUUUUAUUGGUUUUUGCAUUUUCAUCAAUAAUUUUUUUUUACUGCUUUAUAUUUUAAGUUACUAAAAGUUGAUUUAUAUCUUGCUUAUAUUUAUUUUAGUUAUCAUAGUUUUAUAUAGACACAUCUUAAGCUAGCUCAUUUGAAAAAGACCUUUUAUACGAAAUGUCUUUGUACGCAUUUGCUUUUAGUCUGUGAUUGUUUUCAGCAACUAUUGCCUAGUAGGCAUUUCUAAGAAGAUCUAAAGAAUACAAUAUUAUAAAAAUAAUGUAAACUGCCAAUUUCGAGUCAUGAAAGGACUCAAUUCUACUCAUCGUUAAGCUUAUAACAGUUACAUAUGAAACAAAUGUUGAAGAUAAAAUUGCAGACUUAGCAAUAUGAGCUAAGUAAAGAGAAACAAUAGGUCUAUGAGACAAAUAGUUGGCUGUGUUGA